AUGAUUGGUAGAAGACAGCUUGUGACAGUAUUUCGCAGAUAUGCAUCUCAAAAUGGUGUUAUUGGUCAAGACCAUACCCUACUACCACCAUUAAUGCUUUAUAGAAGAAUAUUAAGGGCUCACAAACUGCUACCACCUAUGCAAAAAGAAAUGGGUGACAAGUAUGUGAAAAGCGAAUUUGAACUACACAGAACCAUCGAUAAUCCUCUUCAUAUUGUUGGGUUCCUUGCCAGCUGGCAGGAUUAUUUGCAUCAGAUCACAAACGGUAAAUGGAAAGAAGGCUCUCUUUCACCUGCUGUCUUAGAGAAGAUGUCUCCAGAGCAAGUUGGACAACUUUAUGAGCUAAUGAAGGAGACAGAGAAAGUAACUAAGGGAGAUAACCCUGAAGAAGAUAAGGGCAAGAACAAAAUUUAA